AUGGCGGGCCCAGUGAGUGUUGCUGCUACCCUCUAUCGCGUUUCCGCCACGCCUGUACGCUACACCGUGGGAGACAGCAAGAGGAUGAAGGAGAGCGCUCGCGCCGAGACGCUCGAGGCAAUGUGUGCGGAGCUAAGUGAUGCAGGCAUCAAAGGCUUCUUGGAGACCACUAUGCGGGAUGGCGCGUGCUGCGUCGUGCGGUAUCAGCAACGGCAGCCGCUGCAAGCGGUGUCCGCGGUGCUCGUCGACAUCGAGGUCAUCCACGGACGCAAUAUCCUCAAUGCUACACUAGAGGGGAUGUCUGCGGUGUGCAACACCAUCGUGCGCUCGUACAAUGCGGUGAGGGGGCUUCAGAUCCUCACUCCGCUGACCUGCGCGAUUCUCAUCGACGGUAAUCGAGUGCCGUGGACGUUCCUGUCUAGCGAGGAGCGACAACAAGUGCGCAUGCAGGCGGUGAAAAAUGUUGAGGCUCGUAAGCGGAUAGGCGUCGACUACCCUGUCUUGGAUGGGUUCGGCUGCACAGCCGUGAUCAAGGGCGAUGCGACGGUACUGUCCAUCGCGGCUGCAUCGGUUGUAGCCAAGGUGGCGAGGGAUGCAUAUGUGAUGACCGUCAUGCAUCGCGCGUUCCCCCACUACGGCUUUGACUACCACAAAGGUUACUGCACCGCGGCGCACAAGAUGGAGCUUGCAAGGUGGGGUCCCAGCCGUUUUCACCGCGUCGACUACGCGCCUGUAAAAGCCGUCUUGAAGGCGAGAGAGGCGGCGUGA